AUGUCGGACUCCCCCCAAUCUCCUCCAAAGGAUGUCGAGCAAGGUGCACAGUCACCCGACGACGAAGGACAAAUGAAUGACAAUCAAGACCCACACUCGGUUGGCGGCGCCGCCGGCUAUGAGUUUGAAGUUAAAGAGCAAGAUAGAUGGUUGCCCAUAGCCAAUGGUCGUUCUGCUAAGCAAGAAUACCAUGAUGAGCUCGAUGCUAACAUCCGUAACUUUGCUCCAGUCGCCAGGAUUAUGAAGAAUGCUCUGCCGGACAAUGCGAAAAUAGCCAAGGAGGCCAAGGAGUGUAUGCAGGAAUGCGUCAGCGAAUUUAUUUCCUUCAUCACCAGCGAAGCUUCCGAAAAAUGCCAGCAAGAGAAGAGAAAGACGGUGAACGGUGAAGACAUUCUGUUUGCCAUGACUUCUCUCGGUUUUGAAAACUACGCAGAGGCCUUGAAAGUCUAUCUCUCUAAAUAUCGAGAGCAACAAAAUCAGUCCAACCGAGAGCGUGUCAUGGAGAACACUUGGGCUGGUUCCAUGAUGUCCGGUGAAAAGGGCGACGGAGCUGCACCGGGGCAAGAGUUUGCCGCUGGUGAUGCCUCGAACAGUGCCGAAGCCAGCGCCGACCCCAACUACAUGUACGGCCAGCAUGCCGGCCAUAACGGAGCUGGAGCUGGGGAUGGCUACUAG